CAGUUUGAAGAAAAUUUUACAAAAAACAGAAGUGCGACGUGCGACGAAUUAACUAAAACUUGUGAUUUUAUCAAAUAUUUAUCAUAAAGAAAACACCUUUAGAACAUUUAAAAAACAUGAAAUUCCAAUAUAAAGAAGAACAUCCAUUCGAGAAGAGACGGGCUGAGGGCGACAAAAUCCGCAGAAAAUACCCAGACCGAGUUCCAGUUAUAGUAGAGAAGGCACCAAAAGCCCGCAUUGGUGAUUUGGACAAGAAAAAGUAUUUAGUCCCAUCUGAUUUAACAGUAGGACAAUUCUACUUUUUAAUCCGCAAACGAAUUCAUCUCCGCCCAGAAGAUGCUCUCUUCUUCUUUGUCAACAAUGUAAUUCCACCAACAUCAGCCACAAUGGGCUCACUGUACCAGGAGCACCAUGAAGAAGACUAUUUCUUGUACAUUGCAUACUCUGAUGAGAAUGUCUAUGGCAAAAACUAAGCAAAGACACACAUACCCUGGGCUGUCGAAAUGAUUCAACAAAUUACAAAAAUUGGAUUCUUCAGAAGCACAGCAAAGAUGCAAAACUUAAAUCUAUCAACAUAAAAAAUAAAAUUGGAAAAGAUCAACUAUAUAUAAAAAACAUAAAUAUAUAAUAAUUAAAAAGAAAAAAAAAAAAAAAACAACAACAAAAUAUAGAUACAAAUAUUUAGCUUUAUAACUCUCAUUUUAUUUUUUUUUUUCUUGUUCCAUUACAACUUCAAUUCCCCUUUUGAUCAAAAUUUGAUUUUAAUUUUUGUGUACAAUUGGAUUUUUAUUAAGACUCGGUAUCGCCAGAGUUGGCAGAUGUUUCGAUAGACGCGAUCAAUGGCAAUAAACGUCACUAAAUAAUGCUUUUUCUUUUAUUGAUGUGAGAACUUAGCAUUUAAGUUCAGUCUUUUUUUUAAAUAUCAUUAAUUUACCAACAAAAUCGAGAAAAAAAGAAACAUCAUAGGUUUUAAAUGUUUAAUAUCAAAAUAAAUAAGUGGCAAGCAUAUUUAGGAAAAAAUGCAUUCAUAUUUAUUGUAUGACUUUCUUAUUAUUGUAAAAUUAAUAGUUAUUAACAAAAUGUAAAACUGAAAAUAAAAUAUGGACACAAAAUGUGUUUAGGAUGUUAAUCCUAACAAAAAAGUAAA